CGCAAGUGUUGAGAGAUCUGAAAGAGUGAAAAGUCAGCAAGAAUGGUGCUUUCAAGCUCCAACAGAAAGGUAAUAGAAAGCCUGGGCAAAGAGCUAAGGGCAAAUGCUGAAGCUCUGGGUGCUGAUGCUUUAGCCAGGUUGUUUGAGGUUCAUCCUCAAACCAAGACAUACUUCCCGAAGUUCACUGGCUUCAAGUCCUCUGAUCAGCAAGUCAAAGAUCAUGGUCAUCAGGUAAUGACAGCUGUGGCGAUUGCAACCGAAAACUUGGACAACCUGGGUAAACACAUGGAAAAACUUGCCAAGACACAUGGUAAACAACUUCUGGUGGAUCCUCAUAACUUUAACCUGUUCGCCGAAUGUAUCGCAGUCACCUUGGCCAUUUACUUGCCCUCGUUGUCCCCUUCAACCCACUGUGCUGUUGACAAAUUUCUUGAGUUGCUUGCAUAUGAAUUGCGCUCUGACUACCGUUAAAGACACAAUCAACAAACUGUGGUGGAAGACAGCAAGAUCGUCAUUUAAAUCCCCACCUGCACGUUUUCUCAAGAUGUUUGCUAAUAAAUCAUUAGUCCUGUAAACACACUUAUUGUGUUUGCUUUUGCUCUCAUUCUUUAAUCAUUUCGACAAUUUGUCAUUGAUGAAUUUUUGACAUAAUUGGUAAACUGAGUGCUAAAUAAACAUCCACUUCUAUCAAUG